CUCUUCCACUCUCCCUCAAUCUCCUCCGCUCCGUCGUCUCCCUCGCUCCCCAGCGUUCUCAUCCGACAGCCCUUCCAGGGUUUCCCCUGUCCCCCUCCUCCUACCCCUCCGGACCCCCAGUGACCAUGUCUGACCCCAUCGUAGAGAAGGAAGCUGGUCCGCCUGCCCUGGCUGACAGCCCGGCUGAACCGGCCUCCAACGGAUCUUCGGAGGAUGCAGCACCCGAGAAAAAGAAGCGCGAGUACAAAGAUUUCGGUCACGAUAAAGUGGAAGCGACCCAUGCCAAUGUGGACAUGUCGCAAAUCGAAUUGAAGGCGGAGGACCUCUACGACAAGGAGAAGGUCGACCUCGAGACCAUCAUUAUCGAGGAUGUCUUCAAGCUUCUGCAGUGUGACGAUAACGGUUUAACGGGCGAGGAGGCUGCUCGUCGUUUGGAUAUUUUCGGCCCCAACAAGCUCGAGAGCGAGGAACAGAACCCCUUCUUCCAGUUCCUGAGUUUCAUGUGGAACCCUUUGUCCUGGGUCAUGGAAGCUGCUGCCCUCGUCGCUAUCGCUCUGUCCAAUGGUGAAGGUCAACCGCCGGAUUGGCAGGAUUUUGUCGGCAUCGUCUUGCUCCUGCUCAUCAACUCCGCCAUCGGUUUCUACGAGGAACGUAACGCCGGUAACGCUGUCAAGGCCCUCAUGGACUCGCUCGCUCCUAAAGCCAAGGUCAAGCGUGACGGAAAGUGGUCCGAGAUCGAGUCCUCUAUUCUCGUUCCUGGUGAUAUGGUCUCGUUCAAAAUUGGUGAUAUCGUUCCGGCCGAUUGUCGUCUCACGGAAGCCAUCAACGUAUCUAUUGAUCAAGCUGCCCUGACGGGUGAGUCGCUCCCCGUGAGCAAGAAGGAGGCCGACCAGUGCUUCUCCGGCUCUACCUGUAAACAGGGUGAGGCUGAGGGUGUGGUCAUCUCCACUGGUCCCAACACUUUCUUCGGCCGUGCCGCUUCUCUUGUCGGGCAGGACGAUGAUACCACCGGUCACUUGCAGAAGAUUCUUGCCCAGAUCGGUACCUUCUGUUUGGUCGUUAUCGGUAUCUUUGUCGUUGCCGAGAUCCUCGUUCUCUACGCUGGCUACAGGUUCCACUACCGUGAGGGUCUUAACAACAUCCUCGUCCUUUUGAUCGGCGGUAUCCCAAUUGCCAUGCCCACUGUUCUGUCCGUCACUCUCGCCGUUGGUGCCCAGCAGCUUGCCAAGCACAAGGCCAUUGUCACCCGUAUCACUGCCAUCGAAGAGUUGGCCGGUGUCACCAUUCUUUGCUCCGACAAGACUGGUACUCUCACCACCAACAAACUCACCAUCGACCGCAGCACCAUCAAGACUUACGGUCCUUUCACUGCCGAUGAUGUCAUCCUCCUCGCUGCCUACGCCUCCCGUACUGAGAACCAGGACGCCAUCGAUGCCUCCGUUGUCGGUGCCCUUGGUGAUGUGGGCCGUGCUCGUGCUGGAAUCAAGCUUCUCGACUUCAAGCCGUUCAACCCUGUCGACAAACGUACCGAGAUCACCUACCGCGAGGAGUCGUCUGGCAAGCUCAAGCGUGUCACGAAGGGUAUGACCGGUAUCAUCAUCGAACUUUGCACGCGCAACAAGACAGAGGAACAGGAGAACCGUCUGGAAGCCGACGUCGAAGAGUUCGCUAGUCGCGGUCUCCGUGCUUUGGCCGUCGCCCACGAGGAACUCAGUGGUGAUGACCAUGAAGGCGAAGGCAACGGUUUCGAGCUCAUUGGUCUCCUCGCUAUCUUCGAUCCUCCCCGUGAGGAUACCAAGCAGACUAUUGACGAUGCCAUGGCCCUCGGUGUUAAAGUCAAGAUGGUGACUGGUGAUCAGCUCGCCAUUGCGAAGGAGACCGGUCGUCGUCUUGGUCUCGGUGACCAUAUGUAUCCCGCCAAGGUUUUGAAGGAUGGACCCCCUCCGAACGGCAAGCACGCUACCCUCGACGAGAUGAUCAUGGAUGCCGAUGGUUUCGCUGGAGUUUUCCCAGAGCACAAGUACGAAAUUGUCAAGCGUCUUCAGGGUCUCGGCCAUCUAUGUGCCAUGACUGGUGACGGUGCCAAUGACGCCCCUGCGCUUUCUCGUGCCAACGUCGGUAUUGCUGUUGAAGGUGCUACUGACGCUGCUCGUGGCGCCGCUGAUAUCGUCUUGACUGAGCCCGGUCUCUCUACCAUCGUUCAUGCCAUUCGUGGUUCUCGCCAGAUCUUCCAGCGCAUGCGUAACUACGCCAUCUACGCUUGCGCCGUCACGAUCCGUAUUGUCGUCUGCUUCUCCAUCCUCGCAUUCGGUUACAAGUUCCAGUUUCCACCAUUCAUGGUUCUUAUCAUUGCUCUGCUCAACGACGGUACCAUCAUGACGCUGUCCGUCGAUCGUGUCUUGCCUUCAAUGACCCCUGAUAGUUGGGACCUGGCUGAGAUCUUCUCGUAUGCUGUCGCAUAUGGUCUAUACCUGACUGCCUCGACUGUCAUCCUUGUCGUGGUCAUCAUGGAGUCGAGCUUCUUCCAAAGGAAGUUUGGUGUCAGCCUCGAAUCUCCCGCUGGCCAGAUCUCCAUCGACGAUCCUCAGCUUCACAUGAUUGUGUACCUUCAGGUCGCUAUCAUCUCGCAGGCUUUGAUCUUCGUCACGCGUUCGCACGGAUUCUUCUUCAUGGAACGUCCCUCGUUCGCCUUGAUGGGUGCUUUCUGCGUUGCCCAGCUUGUCUCCUCGAUCAUUGCCGCGUACGCCGACUGGGGAUUCACGCAGAUCAAGGGUAUCUCUGGUGGAUGGAUUGGUAUCGUGUGGGUCUGGAACAUCGUGUGGUUCCUCCCGUUGGACCUCAUCAAGUUUGCGAUGAAGGCCACCGUCAUCAAGUACCUACGCGAGCGUCACGAGGCCGAGGCGGCUGCUGCCACUCGUGCUUCAGCGGAAACCGGUGUGCCCAUCACUCGCACCCAGUCCCGCGUCGCCUCGAUCCACGAAUCGCUCUACUCGAACCGUACCUCCUUCAUCCGUCGUGCUGCCCGCAAGGUCGGCUUCGGCCAGAAGGUGCGCGUCAAGCCUGAAGAGCUCCAGCGCUUCAGCAGCAUCCAGGCACACCAGACCGGGCAGACCCUUGCCCGCCACCCAUCGCGCCCUACCGCAUAGACGACGGAGCCGCAGAUCGUUGCCGUCCCCGCUGUUUCUCUGGCUAGACUUGUCUCGGGCUCCGGUGUCCUCUCCUUCCUAUCUAUUUACCCCUCCGUACACCCUCCCCCGACACCGGACACCCUGUUGGCAUGCCUUGCUGUGGAGAACGUAGGGCAGCACGACGCUAUGGUUCACGCUCCUUUCUUCAUCGAUCCACGUUCCUGCACGCACACAGUCAUGCAUUACAUCGCGUAUUCCGUACACCCAUAUUUCCUCAUCCUUUUUCCACUCGAGAGCCUUUCUGCGCCCGACCGGUCUCUUGUUUAACGAUUCGAUCCGCUCGCUACGUGUGUUAAUCCGUGACGUGCGAUUUAUAUAUGUCGCGUAAUUUCCAUCCAAGAGCAAAAGACACGACGAUCUAAGUAGUCAAGUAAUGAGGAUGCCAUAAUAGAAUUUCUGCCAGUUUAAAAACAACCACGACUGCCAAAGUUUGGAAUAAAUAGGUUGUCAAGAAUUC